AUCUUCUUUUUAUCUGGGACGAAAAGCCCAAAAGGCCCAUCAAGAUGACGUCUCCGCCUCCAAUCAACUCUACUACUACAGGUUUUUAUUUAUUAUUAGCUCGCGGAGGAGAGGACGCCGCCCGCAAGAAAGAAGUCAUCGGUAGAGUCGAAAUCAAAACCCUACAAGAACCCCACCGGAGAAGAGGCGCCGGAGGGCGAACGGAGAGCGGGAUCAUGGCGGGUCCAGCUGCGGCGGUGGCGGAGGCGUGGGACAAGGUCGCCGUGUUCGUGUUCAAUCAACUCUACGACGAGAGGAAGAGGGCCGAAAACGACAAGAUAGCAAAGGUUCUUGGUCUAUUCGUUGGAUCCAUCCUAUUGAUGCGCAAUUGUGGUGAUAUAAUGGCCGUCUAAGGAAUCAUUGGUAGGAUGACAGCAAUGGAGAUCAGUAGAGCUGAAUUUCUCUGUUCUUUUCUCCCCUUUUUGUUAGCAGUGGACUUGUUCUUACUUUAGUCUUAGGAUAAUUGAAGUGCAUCUAGACUCUAGAGACAUUUGUUUUGCUAGAAUUGCAACCAAAUUAUUGGUCCAAUAGGUGUCUGCUUGCUCAUGUGAAUUAUGGGUUACCACUUUCAUGAUAUUUUCUAUGGAUAGAACUACUGGAGUUGGCUUCAAGUGCAGUGCGCACGAGUUGCAACUUUUUCUGAAACCUUUUGAAUUCUAGACAGUCAAAUGA